ACCAGGGGAGGUCUGACGACAGCAGCUCGCUCUCAAUGCACACACUCGUAAAGGCUGAUUUAGUGGAGCAGCGCCUCCGUUUGUAAGCCGGCCGUCACUCUGCAGGAGAUGUGUGCAGCUUUCCCCGCCAGGACACAAACUUGAAGGAGGUUUGGAAAUGCAGCAUGGCAAGAAUGUGUGCAGGAGGUCCAGGAUGGAUGACACAUGUUUGAGGCCAGCUGUGUUCUGAUCCAGCUCUCUGAGGAACAUCUUGUAAAGCGGGAGCAGCUGAAGACACGAGAACUUAAUUCACCUUCUGACCUGUUUGUGAUCCUGCUAUGAUGCCGUGGUGCCACUUUGGGCGGCAGCUGCUGUCGCUGGCGGCGCUUCUGGUGAUUGUGAGCUGUGGAGGAGGAGAUCAGCGACGAGAGAGCAGCAGCAGCUCAGCCGGCAGCAGCAGCAGCAACAGGCGCUUCCACAAGAUCCAGCACGGCCAGUGCAGCUACACCUUCAUCCUGCCGGAGGGCGACGGAGCUGCUGGAGGCUCCUGCAGGGAGGCCAAGGCCAGCAGCAGCUCGCAGUACAACGCCAACUCUCUGCAGAGAGACGCGCCGCCGCCGGAGCCCGAGUUUCCCAACCAGAAGAUCCAGCAGCUCGAGCACAUCAUGGAGAAUUACACCCAGUGGCUGCAGAAGAUCGAGAACUACAUCAAGGAGAGCAUGAAGACGGAGAUGGCUCAGCUGCAGCAGAGCGCCGUCCACAACCACACGGCCGCCAUGUUGGAAAUGGGAACCAACCUUCUCUCUCAGACGGCCGAACAGACACGGAAGCUGACCGACGUGGAGACGCAGGUUCUGAAUCAAACGUCCAGACUCGAGAUCCAGCUGCUUGAAAAUUCUCUGUCCACCAACAAGUUGGAGAAAGAAUUAAUGGUUCAAACCAACGAAAUCAGCAAACUGCACGACAAGAACAGCCUGCUGGAGCAGAAGAUGCUGGACAUGGAGGUGCGACACCAGGAGGAGCUGGACAGCCUGCGGGAGGAGAAGGGAAGCCUGCAGGCGCUGGUGGGUCGACAGAGCGGCGUCAUCCGGGAGCUGGAGGCCCAGCUGAGCCGGGCCACGGGGAACAGCACCGCCCUGCAGAGGCAGCAGCAGGAGAUGAUGGACACCGUCCACAACCUCCUCAACCUCUGCUCCAAGGACGGAGUCGUUCCCAACAGCACGAAGGUGGCCGACGAGGAGAAGAAGUUCAGAGACUGUGCUGACCUCUACCAGGACGGCUUCCAUAAGAACGGCGUCUACACCAUCCAGAUCAACCCGCAGGAGACCAAGAAGGUGUAUUGCAACAUGGAAACAGCCGGCGGCGGAUGGACGGUGAUGCAGCGGCGGGAGGACGGCAGCGUGGACUUCCAGAGGACGUGGAAGGAGUAUAAGAUGGGCUUCGGCAGCCUGUCUGCAGAGCACUGGUUGGGGAACGAGUUCGUCUACCAGCUGACCAGCCAGCGGCAGUACGCCCUCCGAGUGGAGCUGACCGACUGGGACGGACACCAGGCCUUCUCCCUGUACGACCGCUUCCAGGUCGGCAGCGAGAAGCAGAACUACAGGCUGUUCCUGAAGAGCCACAGUGGGACUGCAGGCCGGCAGAGCAGCCUGGUGAUCCACGGAGCCGACUUCAGCACCAAGGACAUGGACAACGACAACUGCAUGUGCAAGUGUGCGCUGAUGCUGACCGGCGGCUGGUGGUUCGACGCCUGCGGUCCGUCCAACCUCAACGGGAUGUACUUCACUCACGGCCAGCACGUGGGGAAGCUGAACGGCAUCAAGUGGCACUACUUCAAAGGGCCCAGCUACUCGCUGAGGGCCACGGCCAUGAUGAUCCGCCCGCUGGACUUCUCCUAGUCCCGGCUCGGCCCGACCGUCCAGCAGCUACCCGACACAUUAGAGGGACGCUUCCUAUUUUAUCCUCGUUUUGGCCGGGAGCCGCCCGGCGGACCUCUUCCUGAAGCCCAGAGCGGCGGACGUUCUGCACCGGAGCCUUGUUGCCCUCAUGGGACUGAGCGUGAGGAAGCAGCACCGAGCCGACCGACAGGACGGAGCCGCCGUGCACACGUCGGUCGGCCGGUUUGGACUCAGCAGAACCACGUCUCUGGGACUUGUUGUCAUAACUGGACUCUUGUGGAUGAGAGCAGCUAGAAGAGCAGCAGAGACUCUGAAAACCUGCAGGACAGAAACUGUUUUUUUACUCCGGCGUUGCAGCUCAUAGGUUCUGCCUCCGCGCUAUACUCUGUGUUUGUUCUAUUACUGUUUGUUAUGCAGCUCGUCUUCGGUACCGUUCAGGCUCUCGUUACGUAAAACGCUCGGUGAGAAUCACACAAUUAUACACCUUCUAUUCUGACAGAGUGAUUAUUUUUAGAGUUCGACAUGUGAGGUUAUUAUUGGACUCGGUUCUGGACUCGGAUCUGUUUCUCUUCGCUGCUGGCUGAGAAACGGCUGGAAGCUGCCAAAGCCGGGACCGUGAGCGAUCGUUUACCUCCGCCGAGGACGAAAACAGACCAGGAUGAAUUCAGAUGCACGUAAUGAGCAGGAGGACGGUCCGGUCGGAUACCCAAACCCGAAAUAGACGCCACACGCUUCCUCUGAUGCUUAUAUUAAGCCAACAGCGAGCCACGAGGUUCUCCUGUCGGAUGCAUGACCUCCGACCUGCAGAUCAUUAAGACCUCCUCCUCCAGAACCUUUCUCAUCAGCGUGACAGAGAGGUUCUGUUUCCCAUCACAGCAGCUUAGAGAGAGGAAAAUAAGAAUCAGGGUUGGACCCGAAGCGUGAAGCGACCGACCCGCAACAACAACACGACCUGCUGUCUGUAGAAGUCCAGCUGACGUGUUUGUUAGCGCCGCAGCAGCAGAACUCGCCGGGCGUGUGUGAGCAGCUUCCCUGAGUCCGAUGUUGGUUCUGAAGUCGAGCAUGAAACAAGUCAGAAUAAUAACCGUGAACAAUGUUGAUAACUGUGCUUUACCUCAUGGUGCUGUAGAUGUGCAGGUGUGUGGCUGGAUGAAUAAAGCAGCUUCACUCUGA